AUGAACCUAAAUGACUCUGUAAUUAUAUGCGAGGAAACUCCGAAGUCAAAGAAGAAAAAGACAUCUAAAAUAAAAAAUAUCCAAGAAAAUACGAAACGAACAUUUUAUGAAAAUCCGUUGAAAUAUAUUCAAUUGAGUAACAAGAAAAAAAAACAAAGACAAGUUAGUAAUAAUAAUCAAGUUUCUAACAGUAAAAAAGAUCUUUUUCUCUUUGGAAAGGAGUCCUUACAAGACAGCAUUAUUAUUUUAAGCGAUAAUGAAAGUGAAUCAAAUAACAAACGAGAUGAAAUUAAGUCCAACCAGGAAACAAAAUCUAGAAAGAGAUUCUUAGAUCUAUCAAUAGAUGAUGAACAAAUUUCUCUUUGUGAUUCAAAUGAAACUAUAAAUCAAAGAAAAAAUGCAACAGAAAAAUCUCUAAGAAAGAAAAGGAAAAUGGGAAUUACUGCAUUGUCAGAAAAUAAUUUUACUUGUCCUACAACAUCUGAUACAAGGGAUUUGGAAAUUACAACUCUUGAUUUAGAUGAUGAAAACAUAGCUCCAGUAUCAUCAAAUUCUGUGCAUCAAGUAUCAGAUGAUAUUGUUGUGGUGUGGUCAUCUACAAAGACUGCUCCAUCAUCUGCAAUCACUGUACCGACAUCUACAAAAAUUAUUCCAAUAUCUACAAAUGCUGGUUCACUACCUACAAAAAUUGUUCCAGCAUCUACACAAACUGUUCCAGUUGUUGCAUCUGCAAAAACUGUUUCAACAUCUAUAAAAACUAUUCCAGUAUCCACAAAAACUGUUUCAACAUCUACAGAAACUGUUUCAACACCUACAAAGGAAAUUUCAACAUCUACAGAAACUGUUUCAACAUCUAUAAAGACAACUUUACCAUCUAUAGAAACUGUUUCAACAUCUACAAAAAUUGUUCCAGCAUUAAAAAUUGUACCGUCUGCAAAAACUCUUGCACCAUUUGUAAAUCAAUCAAAACAGGAAACCGUAAAUCAAGAGAAGAAUGAUAGAAUUUUUAUGAUAGAUAAUACACCAAACCUAAAAAAUCUUAAUUGCUUACAAUGUAAUGAAAAUUUAUGGCACAUUGAAGAUAUUGAAAAAAAUAAUGAAGAAGACAAAGAUUUAAAAGAAAGAGACAUUGUUUUACCUUUCAGCAAACGUGGAUUAAAACUUCCUAAAGCUCAAAAUAUAAGCAAAAAUAUUGUAAUGAAAAAACCAAGGACAAUUCAGAGACUAAGGAAUUUUAGACGACAAGUGUCAAACUAUACUACAUCUGCUAUGUGUACUACAUAUAACACGAUUAGUACAUCUAGUACAUCUAAUACAUCUAGUACAUCUAGUACAUCUAGUACAUCUAGUACAUCUAGUACAUCUAAUACAUCUAGUACAACUACUAUAUCUAGCAUACCUUUACCUAGUGCACCUUUUCCUACAUCUUCAAUACCAGUUGUAUAUAAUAUGCAAACUACAUAUGAAUAUUUUAACUUAUAUGGUUCAGCUAAUUCUGGAUUUCAAACUAGUAUUGGAUCUAGCUCUGAAUUAACUUAUCCUCGGUUAUCUACAGUUGGAUUAACUUAUCCUCGGUUAUCUACAGGAUCAUCUACACAUCAGCUACCUAAUAAGUUGCGGGAAAUAGUUAUUGAUGGCAACAAUAUAGCCAUGUCGUAUCGAAAUAAUAAAAUAUUUGCGGAGGAAGGAAUCAAGAUAGUUGUAGAGUAUUUUCAGAAGAGGGGUCAUACUGUAAAAGUAUUUGUACCUCAUUAUAGAAGGUCACCUGCAAAUCAUCCAUUACUUGAAAAGUUACAUACAGAUGGAAUAGUAAUUUUUACACCAAGUCGUUUCAUCGGUGGUAAACGAAUAACUCCUUAUGAUGAUCGAUAUAUAUUGGAAUAUGCAACAAUGUGUGGGGGUGUUGUAGUCUCUUUGGAUCAAUAUAGAGAUUUAUAUUCGGAAAAACCAGAAUGGCGUGAUACAAUCGAAAAGAGAUUACUAACUCCAACAUUUGUAGGAAAUUAUGUUAUGUUCCCUGAAGAUCCUCUAGGUAGAGGUGGUCCUACGCUUGAAGAAUUUCUAAGAUAUUGA